UGUGUGUGAAAGGACGAGGAGGACCUGUGAUCCGCUCACUGAAGGGGAGUCACUGAGUUCUCUGUGACGGUCUGCAGCGAGCGGAUGUCGGGCGUCUGAGAAACUUUCCCUCUGAAUCCCUAAAGGAAGAACAAAUCCACCUUCUGCCACUUUCCUCUCUCUCCCUUUAUAGUCUCUUACCCCAACCUCUUUGAACACAUUUUCCCUGUAUCGCCAUGGAUAUCGGUGGCCUGACCACGGUGGUGGCCAACUCUGCCUACAUCUCCGCCCGUGGGAGCUUCGAUGGCACUGCCAACCCAGCCGUCAACCGGGACAAGAAGUACCGCUCCCGCCUGAAGCUGCCGCACAUCACUGUUUGUGAAGGUCUGCGCGAAACCUUAGAUCUGGGCUUCCAAACGGUCUGUGUGGAGCAGCCCAUCGGCAAACGCCUCUUCCAGGAGUUCUUGGAGUCCAACAACGAGUACAAGGGCCCCAGCCGCCUGUGGAAGGAUAUCGAGGAAUACAACAUGGCCGAGGAUGAGGACAGAGCCAGUAAAGCCAGCAAGAUCCUGUCUCGGUACAUGGAGCCCGGUGCCAAGUAUUACUGCCCCUUUCUGCCAGAAAACGGCAUCACAAAGGUCAAAGAGAAACACCAAGAGGCCGGCGACGACCUUUUCAAUGAGACCAUGGACAGCGUGAUGGACUAUCUGAAAGAGGUGCCCUACACUUUCUUCCUGGAGAGUAUGUAUCUGAAGAGGUUCCUGCAGUGGAAGUGGCUGGAGAUGCAGCCCAUAGGCGAGGACUGGUUUCUGGAUUUCCGUGUUUUGGGUAAAGGUGGUUUUGGGGAAGUGUCUGCCUGUCAGAUGAAAGGCACAGGAAAACUGUACGCCUGCAAAAAGCUCAACAAGAAGAGGCUAAAGAAGAGAAAAGGUUAUGAGGGUGCGAUGGUGGAGAAGAGGAUCUUGGCUCGGGUUCACAGCAGGUUCAUUGUCUCUUUGGCUUAUGCCUUCCAGACAAAAAUCGAGUUAUGUCUGGUCAUGACCAUCAUGAACGGAGGAGAUCUCAGGUAUCACAUCUACAACGUGGAUGAGAACAACCCAGGCUUCGAUGAGCCGCGGGCCUGUUACUAUGCUGCGCAGAUCAUCCAGGGCAUGGAGCACCUCCACCAGAAGAGGAUCAUCUACAGAGACCUGAAGCCAGAGAAUGUGCUGCUGGACAAUGAGGGUAACGUACGAAUCUCUGAUCUCGGUCUGGCUGUGGAGCUGGCUGAUGACCAGUUCAAAAUCAAGGGCUACGCUGGAACUCCAGGUUUCAUGGCUCCUGAGCUUCUUAAAGGAGAAGAGUACGACUACUCUGUGGAUUAUUUCACGCUGGGGGUCACGUUGUAUGAGUUCCUGGCUGCCAAGGGGCCUUUCAGGAGCCGUGGAGAGAAGGUGGAGAACAAGGUGGUGAAGAAACGGAUUCUGAAUGAUCCAGUCACCUACCCAGAAAAGUUCAGUGAGAGCGCCCGGUCCAUCUGCGAGGGUCUGCUGUGCAAAGAGGUCGACCAGAGGCUCGGAUUCAAGGACGGCUCGUGUGAUGAGCUGAGGGCUCACCCCUUCUUUAGGGAAAUUAACUGGAGGAAACUGGACGCAGGAAUCCUGACUCCGCCCUUCGUGCCAGACUCCAAGACGGUGUACGCCAAGGACCUGGAUAACGUCGGCGCCUUCUCCACGGUGAAAGGCGUGGCCCUGGAAGACGCGGACAAGGAGUUUUUCGAUGAGUUCGCCACGGGGAACAUCCCCAUCCCCUGGCAGGAGGAGAUGAUAGAGACGGGGAUCUACGGGGAGCUCAACGUGUGGGGCCCCGGCGGCGCCCUGCCCAACGACCUGCGGCGUGAGUCCAUCCUGGAGCAGCCGCCCAAGUCCUCCACCUGCGCCGUGUCCUGAAGGCUCGGGACGAGCAUCGGGAAAAUCCUGUUUAUCAGUGAUUUCCAAUGAAGGGUCGGAUGUGUACGCAGCUCUUUACACAUGCAAGACGUCAGCGAAGGAAAAUUUGUCUUUCAUUUUAAGCAGUGCAUACGUACUGAUGUUUAUAGGAUUAUCGUACUGUUAGUGAAUGCUCAACAGUUCAGGUAUC